CUCCUCCCAGCUGCGCCCUGCUGCCAUGCGCGUGCCAUGGAAAGGCGCCGAGGACCCCUCCUCCUGCUAAUACUACCACGACGCAGCCACCAUUCUUGCCCUUACACCCCGGAGCUAGCUAGCUACUGCCGAACGUCUCACUGUCGCGCGUCUCUCGCUGUCGUAUAGCUUGCCCCGGCGGCAAGCGUACAUGGACCGGGAGGGGCUUUACGGAGGCCGCGGCGAGGGCAGGCUCGAGGGCCAAGCUGCUGACUUCGCACGGCCGCAGCAGCAGCAGCAGCGGCGGCGGCAGAUGGAGUGCUUCUCUGACGAGGCGAACAGCCGGGACGGCGAGGAGGAGGAGGCCAACAACGGCGGAGGCCCGCAGGCGGCGGCGACCCCGGUGGGAGGUGGAGGCGACGGGGCCAGCGUUGAGACGGGGAAGCGGAGGCGGGGGCGCCCGCCGGGGUCCAAGAACAAGCCGAAGCCGCCGCCGGUGGUGACGCGGGACGUGGAGCCCGCGGCGGCCAUGCGGCCGCACGUGCUCGAGGUCCCCGCCGGCGGGGACGUCGCCCGCGUGCUCGCGGGCUUCGCGCGCCGCCGCGGCCUCGGGAUCUGCGUGCUCGCGGGGACGGGCGCCGUCGCCGACGUGCCGCUCCGCCACCCGUCGCCGCCCCCCGGCGCGGCCCCGGACGGCGCCGCGGCCGUCGUCUUCCGCGGCCGGUACGAGAUCCUCUCCAUCUCGGCCACGUUCCUGGCCCCGUCCAUGUCCGCGGCGGUGCCCGGCGCCGUCAGGGACCUCUCGGUGUCGCUCGCCGGCCCGCACGGCCAGAUCGUGGGGGGCGCCGUGGUGGGCCCUCUCGUCGCCGCCACCACCGUCGUCGUCCUGGCUGCCGCGUUCACCGACCUCACCUUCCACCGCCUCCCCCUCGAGGACGACGCGUCGGCGUCCGCCUCCGGCAGCGCCGAAGCCGACGAACACCGUGGGCACCAGCCGCAGGACCCGAGCGGGCUGCGCCAGCACCUGCACAGCGUGGCUCCGGCGACUCAGCCGGUCCCCUUAUACGGUCGCCAGUCGCAGGAGGUGUGGCCGCCGGCGGCAAGCGCGCAGCGUCCACAGCCGCCGUAUCAAUAACUCCGAGCCUCCGACGACGACGAUGCUUUUCCUGACAUUCGUACGUCGCUUCUUAUACGGUCAAUGGCGCUCUCGAUUCCUUCACGGUUGCAUUUGCACAUCUGAUUACUUCCUUCUGAUUCGUCUCGAGACAUUUGAUAGUCUGGUCAGUGUUAGGGUUUAAUAUCAGAUACAUUGAUGCUUCAGAUGCUCCAGCUAGUAGUUGUUACUACUACCUUGUUACGAUUCAGCAUUCCUGUCUGCAUAAGGGUUAGCAUAUAUUGGAUGCCAAUGGCGAGAUCGAAGCAUGCAAUUAGAUUGUGUGCGUGAUUUGCUCCCUCUCAUUAGGACUAAACCUUUACCAACAAUUACUUCGUUAAUGUUUAUUUAUAUGCAUUUCAUUA